UUGGCCUCCGAUAACAACAGCGGCCAAAGAGUUUGUUCUCGGCAAUGUGUCCGUAAGGCUUCAAUGCCCGGUCAAACCCUCAGGGAGAUACAGUAU